CCCAGUCUGGUACCAGUGUCGCUUUGACGCACAGGUAGUUUAUGACAGUGUGUUUGGACCUGAUCCUAAUAUGGACCCUCAUCCGUAUCUCAUCAAGGACUGUCUGAUCAAUAUAUUUACAUUCCUGUCAGAGGAAGACCUGAUCAGAGCCUCCAGUGUGUGUAAGGAUUGGAAUGAUGCUGCGGAGACUCCCUGGUUAUGGAGGAGGAUGUGUCUGCAGCGUUGGAGUUUCUGUAAUGUUCUGCUCGGGGGUGAGAAGACUCAGACAUGGAAGACAUACUUCCUACGACGGUCCCACCUAGAAAAGAAAAUGACUGAAGGCAGGACUGGAGGUUACACCUGUAAAACCCUCAGGGGACACACAGGCAGGGUGGUGGGGUUGGUGUAUGUGAGUGAGACUUCAACUAAUAACCCAGACUUCUGUAAGAGCAGUGUCACAGUCUGCAGCGCCUCUUCAGAUGGGACGGUCCGAGCAUGGAAUGUCCAAAAUGGUGAGCUCCUGUGGUGCAGUCCUGUGCAGAAUCCAUUGAUAGCUAUUGUGGUUGAUGAACAGCGUGGUGUUGUGAUCACAGCAGACUCCACAGGCCUCAUCAAAACCUGGCAGGCUCAGACCGGACAGGAGCUGGCCUCCUAUUCCACCGGGGCCUCACACUGUACAUUACUGCAGUACAGCGUCAACAACGAGUGGUUUCUGAGCGUGGGAACUAGACAAGGAUCUGUGUGCACACUAGCUGGUUCAGGUUUGACUAAAAAGUCUAAUGUAAUGGUGUGUGACACCUUUAAAGUCAACACACUCCUAGUUUCACCUGACAAGAAAUGGAUCACAGCUGGAACCAAGGACAAUGAUGAUUUCAGUCCAAAGGUUAUGUACACAGAAAGUUUGAACUCUCCGUCUGAGGAUGAGGAAACUUUGUCCCAGUCUUUACCAGUCACUGGGUGCCGGGCGGCUGUAUUCAUUCCAACCCAGCCCGCCAGACUGGCCAUCGUUCACCACAGUGAACUGACCCAAAACAACAAAGUCCUCACUGUCCUCGAUGUCAGUCUGAAAAAAUCCAAGUACAAGACUGAGAUACAAGUCCAGCAGGUGGCGUCUUUUCCCUUGACACUCAGCAGUAGGGACUCACACGUUCAUCUAGCGGCCAAGGACAGCAACUGCAUAGUCUUGGCAACAAACCACUGUUUACAGGUGUACUCUCUGAAAGGAGCUCUGCUUGGUAGCUACACAGACCAUACCAUGCCUAUCUCUGGAAUUUGUGUGGAUAGCUUUCGUGUCGUGACAGCAUCUCAAGACCUCUCCUUACGUGUACUGACGUGGACCAAUGACAGAGACCGUGGGGUGGCACUAGAGGGUCGGUAUCACCUGCUGGGAGGGUCUCACACAAUGUCCAGUGGGUUCACUCACGUUGCUUGUGACUACUCCAGCAUUGUGGCCUCAGUAGAGAGCAAAGACGGGAAAGACGUGUUGAAGGCUUAUUCUUUUACCUCCUGAGGAUCACUGCCCACCC